UCGCGGUUCAUCGAUCAGUGUGGUGUGUGUCGCGUUGUUGCUCCUGUCGCGCUGUGGAUUUUUUUGGUGGUUUGUUCCUCUCUCUCUGGCCGGAACGUACGCUAAAUUUUUUCGUUUGGUUCGGUCGAUUCGACGCGGUGAUCACCCGGUGGGCUCUCGACAGGGCCCGAAGCGGCGAGAAACAGAGGAAAGAUGCAACCGAGGAUAUGCUGGAUUCUGAUCAGCACGGCCGUCGUUCUCGCGGGAUGCAACGCCGCUACAGAGAAGGAUCAGAGCGAGAAGGAGAGGACAGCCAAAGGCAGUUCCACGUACAACUCCGUCCAGGACGAUCUCUACCUGGACGACGCGGAGUCCUGGGAGGGAUCCGGCCAGGGUGGCAGAGAAGGUCGCGACGAUCUUGAAGCAUCCGGAAGUGGCCUGGGUCCGGACGACGAAGACGGUGACGACGACCACGACUUCAAUAACAAUAACAGGAUAGAACCGCCACCGCAGAGGCCGGCAGAACCUAAAACACCGUACGUCGAAGAUCCCAGUGUUAAAACUAAGGAACAGACGAUCGUCGAGACUGUAAACCGACCCGACAGCGAGGUCGAUGUGAGCGAACCCUUAGAUGAGGACGACCAUUCGGACGACACCGACUUCAAGAAGGGUGUAUAUAUGAAUCCGAAACACGAGGACCGCGCCAGCUCCUUCUUCGCUCAGCCAGGCGUCCUGGCAGCGGUAAUUGGCGGGGCGGUAGUCGGUCUGCUAUGCGCGAUUCUGGUGGUGAUGUUCAUCGUGUACAGGAUGCGCAAGAAGGACGAGGGCUCGUACGCCCUGGACGAGCCGAGAAGAUCACCGGCGGCGCAGGCGUUCCCUAAGCCUGGGGCGCCGCAUCACAAUCGAGAAUUCUACGCUUGAGGCGACGAAGCUUAUCUGGCUUUGGCACCGCCAAAUUUUGUCCCACGAUACCACGCCGAGAAAGACGAUUAAACUUCGACCGAAUUAAACGCCACCGCCGACGACGAUACAUCCGGACUUCUCUCACGAGAGAGGAACACCUCGUGCGCUGACCACUGGGUGAUCCUCCUCCACGAUCUGGAGAAAGUGUCGCCUUAAUCUCUUUCCCGAUCCCCUCGAUCGAACGUUUCUUCCCAUCCCGCUUCUACUUGGGCGCCCGCUUCCAAAACGAACUUGUCCCGUUCCUUCGGUUUCACCCUAAAACGUGCCACCAUUGCCUCCGUUUGAUCGAUCACUUUCUGAGGUGGAACCUCUCCUUGACUCCACAGCGCUUUAUUUUCCUACUCGUCCGUCUCGCCGCGAGUAGUCCUUGGGUUAAGCGUCGGUCCACCUCCGAGAGUAGAACGUCCAUUAACCCGCUCUCGGUUUCAACUUAUGAUCUGUAUCCCUGUCGUACAUCGUUUUCUCUUGUUCUCCGAUGAUUCGUUCGUUUCUUUACGCCGAUCGAACGAGAGAGAAAGAGGUAGAAGGUGACGGCUCUGACAGAGUCACGAGUACUCGUCGGCAAGGUCGCGCCAAUUCCAGAUGCAUUUACAUAGCGUGUAUUUCAGAGCGUGUACGUAUCCACAGGCGUACGUACACGCCCAACCCCCUCUGUACAGGACUGAGAGCGCGAAAAUUCGUGGGCGAUAAACGCUGCUGGUAUGUCGUUAAUCAUUCUGGCCCGGUGGAAGGAGGGAAAGGAAGAAGGAUCGUUGCGCCACGCCGUGAUUUCUCUUCGACGCCAAUCCCGUGAACCACGACCUCGUUUAUCAACCGUUUCUUCUACCCUUUUCUACCCUUCAUUUUUUUUAUCCUCCUCCCCCUAUUUUUUGCACGCCUUCGCUUUUCUGUUUUCCAUUUAACGAUUUCCAGAUUUGCAGAAGCAGUUGCUCUUGCUUUUAACGCUACAACCGGGACCGGGUCCGUGACCCGCGCCCAAGCUUUUAACCUUCUCCCGAGCCCAGUUCUAUGGACUCUCAACGACCACUGCGAUUGCUUAUGAAGAAGCAAACGGUCUUUUCAGAUACUCUAAAGAACACGCGUUCUUUGAAGUUCGUUGAUUUUUUUAUAGGAGUCCCCUAACUUAUUUCAAUCGGUAGAUCGAGUAGAAUUAUGAUAAGCUGGAUUUAAAAUUAGGCUACGUAGGCAAAGUUUCCCUUAGGCAUAUUGCAAAAGAAUCGUCUCAAGGUCCUUAAUUUUUUAAAACUCAAUAAACUUAUCGAUAAGAUUUAGGGUAAAUGAAUUGAUAUAGUAUGAUUAUAAAAUGUUUGCACUUUGGUAAGCGCGAUUGUUUCCUCUGUAUCAAUGAUUAAAGAAAAAGCAAUUAAAAGCAUGUUAAGUCGAUUAAAUUAAGUACGUAUUGUUAUCGUAAAGUUGAUCUUGUCAUUUUACGUGUCGAUGAAUGUUCACGUUAAAUUAUUUAUUUCUCAUCCGAUGAGACGGCUUGGAUCUCGAUUAAAAAUUCAUGCGCACGGCAACCCCGACUUCAAUUUCCGCUUUUUCAUUAUGUACAUUAAUCAAAUGUAUAGAUAAUUUACAUUAGCCCUUAUUGGACGAGAACCAGUGCGAGCGAAGCGCUGUAUGAACUAAAAGAGAUUCGUAUUUGUCAGUGAAAAUUAUUCGUGUCGCAAUAAGGGCUGAGACACAUCGCGGAAGUGGCCUCAUCGAACACGGUCGCAUCGAUUGCCAUGCACUUAAUUGAUAAAAAAACUCGGCGUGCCAUUUUAAGCACCGUAAGAGAUGUUCAUCGGUCGGACUUCCGCGGGACGUACGAUAUUUGUGAAAGAAGAGAUUCGCUCGCAUCGUCCAUCGAUCGCGUUUCGUCGCGGAACGAAGCGCAACGCGUCUUACAUUAGCAAUCGUUCCCUUCUUCCACCUCCGAGAUAGAAACUAUGAAACAUCUCGUAUGUUAAAGGGGAAAGGCUUCUUCUACUGAUCGAGAGAGAUUCUAUUUGCCAUUUGACUAGAGAAAAUAAAAGAGAAAGACUUUUCACAUUUUUUCGCGCGUACGAAACGUUUCUCCUUCGCGUCUACGAGUGCGCGUUACGCGGAUUUAUAUACGUAACACAUGAUCCUCAUCUCCGACUGCGAGACACACACGCGUAUGCCAUAUUACGAAGGAAACCAGGAUAAAGGGACAGACGCAGACACAUACAGACACGCAAAACAAAUACAUACAGGAACAUGUGUAUAUCUAUUUGUUCCAAGAUUUUCACCCGCGGUAUUUAUCCUACGGUCGAUCAGUAUCGCGAAAUAUGUUGUAAUAAUUUAUUAACUUUUUCACGUAGGACCAAGCGAUUCCCCUUUCUCCCUUUAUACUAUUGUAUUCUUUCUUUUUUACUUCCUGUUACCUUCAAUAUUAUUCUUCCGGUGAUCCUGUGGAUCGUUAAUUCUCCCUCCUCGAUUAUUUGAGAUUUUUUCCGGCGUCGCGUUCGCCUCUUCCCAGGUAGAAUACGAUCGAUCUUUUACUCAUCGGACACAAAAUCAACAUUCUUACAUGAUUUGUUAAAAGCGAGAACCCCGUCAAGGGACGGUUUCGUUUUAUUAACGAAACGAUGGUAUAUUGUUUAAGAAAUGAAAAAAACUAUUUAAGAACGAACAACUAAUCAUUGUAAUGUAUUAUUAUUGUUAUUAUUAUCGGAGCAUAGCGUCUAGCCGAUUGAAUCUCACGUCGCCGUACAUGUUCCCUCCAACUUCUCGAAUACAAUUCGUAGGAUGUAAAACACCUCUAUCUUUUACUACCCUUUUAGAAUCGCGACAUUAAUUGACGUUUAACUUUCAACGUUUGUCUCGACAAAUAAAUGUGAAAUAUCGAAAUGAUUUCCAUAACUCCGUAAAUAAUCUUAUAUAUACGAUGUUAUACGGUCUUAUAAUAUCUUAUAUAUAACGUUAUGUCAUUAUUAUAUCCUGUGCAAUAAUAAUAUGAAUUUUACGUACACGAACCGUCGCAUUUAUUAUCGCCCAAGAGAAAUUUCCUCGUGCAGAUAUGUUUGACAUGUUCAUUCGGACGAGAAUCAUCUCGCUGUCUGUGUUCUACCUGGGUAGGCAGGACACACGUGCCAUUUGUAUAAUGUCCGACGAAAGAAUCCGAACAAGAUAAAUUAUAAUAUCACGACGAUACUGCCACGUACUAUCUUACAUAAGGAAACACCAAUUGCCUACGAGGAACAAUCGCACCCUUUUCACUUUGGACUUCGCGUCGCACGAUUCUUCGUCACGUAACGUGUCGCGUAAAUAUUCCAAAAUUAUUAACGUCACCGGCAUGAAAUCGAUUUAAUUUACGUGCUCUAAAUAAAAUGCGAUGAUUUAUUUAACAUCGGAAGAAAACUAAAUAUGUAAAUUUCGAAUGGUAAAUCAAGUGAACGGCCUCUUGCUAUUCCGGAUACGUUUUCAUGUGUCGUGUUGCCACUUUCCAAUUCAAAUUUGUUAAAAUAGCUCGUAGCUGUGUUAUAAGUUUAUCAGGACAAAGUAUUGAAUUCUCUACGAUGUUCUUUUAAAAAUGUACCAAGUCGACUGGGAAGAACAAGUUUCGCGGGGGAAGCAAAGACCACUGAUGGGUAUUGAUACCUAAGUAAGUAAAAUUAAAAAAAACAAAACAACGUCGAGGAACAUAGAUUGUGUUUAGGGUAAGUCGGCAAUAAGCAAAACCGAAAUCAAUUCUUCUAUUUCAACCAUCGUUGAGUGAUUAUCAAGCUUAGUAAGUGACAUUUGUUAUUUUGUUAAUUUAUUCCCGUUUCCACCCAUUCAGUCUAUCUACUCAUCUUUCCGUUCGUCGAGAAUCGAGAAGCGAAACUAGAAAUCAAAUCACAAUCUUUAUUGUAACAAUAAUCGUAUGCAUCAUAAAACGAAGGAUGGUUCGUGAGUUAGUAAUUAAUUUUCUUGCGUGGCGAUGCGAAGAUACGGGAAACGUUGUUUCGCUUCGUGGUUUCACAAACGACCAGAUCUCUACUUUAGCGAGACACAAGUAAAACUUAAAGAAAGAGAAUCGUUUGUGAACGACGAAGAAAUUUUGUGCGGUGUCAUAUGACCAGAAAUAGGCGAAAGAGAGGUGAAUAAGUGCACGCUGCAUCCCCGCGUGGGUCAUUUAAAUACUCGCGAGACGCGCUGCGUUCUAUGCGACAACAAACAAGAACGCUAAUUGUAAUGAAAUCAUAUUUUAUAAGAGGACGUAUUCCUGUAAGGAUGCUAUAGCAAUGAGGAGUCUGUCUGACGGUAGACGAGAACCCAUAGGCCAGGUGGACGAAUGAAUAAUAAUUUUAAAACUGAAUAUAAUUAAUAUUUAAUGAUAACGAUAAUUAACGAUGUUAAUUUUUUAAGUGUAAGUAUUGUCUACACCCGAAACCCCCUUCUUGGUCGCCCUCGAAGCUCUAUCGACUAUUAUAAUAUUACAUAAGUAUACGUGCACAGGUGACUCAAGGGACUUCGGACCCACUUAGCACGCACACGUUGGGAAUGUUAAGAGAACGUGUCACAUUUUCUAUGUAUGCAUGCAAAAUGAAUCCCGAAUCCAACGAGUCAUCUAUACACAUAUUCAUGGAAGGAAAAUAAUUAAUCAUCCGCCCGUCAAACAGUGAACAAUGAUUCUACUUUUUGGUAGGCGCGAUGAGAUCAUUGAUCGAUGUUCCAAGUUCCUGGGAUCUUCACGAAUCGAUCAGAGUUUCUGAUCGUCGUAUUUCAGUUCUAAACGAAUCGCGGGCGUUUAUGUUAACAAGUCGUGUUGUUAUUAACAGAAAUUAACGAUAAUUGCACUAUGUUAGUAUAACGAAACAAUACUGUAUGUCGUCGCUCCUAUUCUGUAAAUAAACACUGUGCCGUAUGAGAAAACCUGA